GGCUGUUUUCAUAUCAACGAUUAAGGGUUGAACUAGCACUUUGAGGAGGCUGUUUAACACUCAUAUUUGAGCAAGGAAUCAGUCCCAAAUCCACCUUGACCAAAGAUUUGACCAUUGGACCAAGAAGGGAAAGUUUAAAGCUCAAUUGAGGUGAGGAUUGACAUCUAAUUGCUUACAACUUGUAGGUUAAGCAUGAGAUUACCUAAAUGCUUAAAUCAUGAUUUUUCAUGGAUUAUGAUGACUAUAUAUUGAUGAAAUAUUGAUAUAGUUGCCAAAGAAUGAAUUUGGAAUGAUUUGAGAAAGUAUGAAUAAUAUGAGAUUAAAUGAGUAUAAAUGAACUAUUUUGUGAAAAUGGGCAUUUUGCUCAUGUAUGAAUUAUGUGGAUACAUAAAUGAAUAUUUGUGUAUUGAGAUUGAAUACUUAAGUUGCUGCUACAUAAUUAUAAAUAUGUAGAGAAUUACAAACAAUGAGGAUAAUGGUACGAUAACAAUAAUCUUAAUAGUAUUGGAAUACUAGUUAGUGAUUAUUGGAACUUGUUGAUUAAAUUGAUCCUAGGGAUUGGAUUGUAUGAAAGGUACUUGAAUGUAGUUCAAGUGUAUAUAAUAACUUAGUAUGGAACUAAGGUUAAGUGAUGGGAAGUCUUUAAGGAUGACCCAUGGUAGUUUAAUGAUAUGUCAAUUCUAGGCAUAGGGUUGCUUGAGAAUUGGACCUUAAUGCAUGGUGAUGUGGUAGAGCCGAGCUCUAGAAUGCAUGUAAGGUGUAGACUUGGAGUCUAUGUAUUGUAUAGCUAGAGCCGAGCUCUAGGACUUGCGUGGUGAUGUGGUAGAGCCGAGCUCUAGAACGCAAGGUAAGGAAAUUGACCCGAGGUAUAUGAAUUGUAUGGUGAUGUGGUAGAGCCGAGCUCUAGAAUACAAUGUCAUGUACUAGGGUUGGACUCUAGGAGUUGUCGUGGCUUAUAGUCACGGGGUUGGGAAUGGUGAUUUCCAAAUGAACAUGGGCCCACGGGCCGUCCACUUGACUUUUAUAUAAAGUAAGUAUAUUUUUAAACGGGGUAACUUAGGGUUACAAUCAUAAUGUACUAUCACCCUAUUUGAGGGUCUUGUGUUUGAAAUACUUGUUGUAUAUCUAUUAGAUGCCUGCCACACCAGCACUUUAUAGCCGUAUAGAGUGCUGACCCCUUCGGGGGCGUCCCACCACCAUUUUUCAGGUUGAGGCUAGAGCUUGCUUCCUGUGCUCGUUGCUCGAGAGAUCAUCUAGGGGCGAAGACUUGAAAUGGACCGUGGUGGCAGGAUUACUAGGAGAAACCCGACGGGCCGUGUACCAGUGGAGACUGGACAGGGCAGUCGAAGGACCUCUAGGGCAUCUAGAGGAGCUGGCCGUGGAGGCCGAUCACAGACCGUGAGUGACGGUCAUGUUGACACGGAAAGUGAGACCUACUGGUCCUAUGAGGACUCGACUUACCAACCGGAGACAGAGCCGGUUGAGACCCCUUAUGAAGGGGAUGAUGACGAUGUAAGUGAUGAGGAGGAAAAUGGCUCCUUAGCACGGAUCGAAGCACUACUCCAACAAUACCACAGGGAGCGUGAAGAGAGGAGGCAACGCCGAAGACGCCGAGCGGGGCAACCUUCGGGCAUGGCUUCAAGAGGAGGAAGUCAUGGUGCAUCUAGAGUCCAUGUGGAACCACAUGGAGGCCGAAAUGAUGGAGGUCCAACCAUAAGGAUCUCCAAAUUUAUCAAAGAAGCAAGGGACUUGGGGUGCAAACCCUUUGAUGGGGCAGGGGACAUUUCAGUUGCAGCACAAUGGAUCAAGAGGCUAAAUGAAGCAGCCCUUGACAUGCAAAUCGCGCCGAAUCUCAAACUGAGAAUUGCGGUAAGAUUGCUCGAGGGGAUGGCAUCCAAGUGGUGGGAUGGAACCAAGAGCAAGUACGGUGAGACCGUCGUUUGGGAGGACUUCCAACGGGAGUUCUUUGCCCAAUAUUAUUCUGAUUUUGAAGUAAACAAGAAGGUGAGGGAAUACACCCUCCUAACCCAAGGGGGUAACAUGACAGUGAAGGAACUUGAGUACAAGUUCCGGGAUCUCGCCGACUACAUACCGGAGUAUGCUUGUGACGAGAACCGAAUGGUAAACCACUUUUGGGAUGCUCUUGACUUGGAGAUACGUGAUAGGGCAACACAAUUGCCUAAUAUGACUUUCGCCCAAGUGGUUGACCAAGCGUUGAAAGGAGAGAAACAAUGGGAAGAAAGGAAGAAGAAAGACGCCGAAGAGGCGAAAAAGAGAAAGUGGGAGAGUCAUGGCUCUCAAGGUUCCAACAAGAAGGGGAAUCAUGGGGGAGGACCUUUCCGAGCACCACCGCCACCAUCUAGGGGGAACCAAGGCCCGAGUGGGCAAGGCUCGAGGUCACAAGCCUCAGUGGUAACUCGUUGCAACAAUUGCAAGAAACACCACUCCGGUAAAUGUCGUGACCCCCCUAGAUGUUUCCAAUGUGGGGAUGCCGGACACUUGAAGGCGCAUUGCCCCCAGUUGGGUGGGGC